AUGAGUGAGUUCAUCAAUGAAAACCCAGAUAUCCUGGACGAAAGCUUGCUUCCUUCCCGUUUGGAGGAUAAAAACGAUGCUAUUUGGGAUAAAAAUCUAAAUGUCGGUAACUUACAGCGUCGGCUGCAUUUGCUCAAUAUUCAUCAGACAACAGACUGCAAGGUGUAUCGCAACAUAGAGCUCGUAGAUAAACUACUAUCUCAGAGAACUGCCUCUAACAACUUGCAUACUCCAGACCUGACCGAUGCCGAAACUGAAGAAUCGGAAUACGAAGAGGCCGAAGAUCCAAUCGACGCUCAGGAAAUCUACGACAUGAUUGCACACAUUUCGGAUCCAGAGCACCCACUCACGUUAGGUCAGCUGGCUGUUGUUAAUCUCUCAGACAUCGAAGUGCGUGAAAAAUGCGACAAGACCAAAAUUUCUGAAGUUGUGGUGAAAAUUACCCCUACAAUUACACAUUGUUCAUUGGCUACGCUGAUAGGUCUCGGUAUCCGCGUGAGACUUGAAAGAUCGCUUCCCUCUCGCUACAGAAUCAACAUAUUGCUCAAAGAAGGCUCCCACCAAAGCGAAAAUCAGGUGAAUAAACAGCUCAAUGAUAAGGAACGAGUCGCCGCAGCUUGUGAGAACGACCAGCUUCUUGGAGUUGUAUCCAAGAUGCUAAGCACAUGCAAAUAG